AUGUUUCUUAUGAAGCCUUAAACACCUACAUUUGGAGAUAAAAAUAAUUCAAGAAAACCUCAGAUUUAAAUAAAUGAAAUUAAUAGUAAUUCUCGCUUUUAUAGUAUACCUACUCGCUAAACAAAUGCUUAAAGCAGAAGUUCAUCUUAAAGAAAAAAAAAAGAUUAGAUGGUAAUAAAUUAUUUGAAUUAUAGAUAAAAAAAUGGAAAGACCUUUAUGAUGAAUAAACCAAUUUUUAUAUGAGAUUGUUAAAAGUCAAUAAUAUUGAAUUUAUUGAGUUACCUAAGUUUUAACUAUAAAAAUGA